AUGGCGGCAAAGAAAAUGCAACCGGUUAUUCACAGAUCAGCAUUUUCUAUUGUUCAGCGAGGCUCUAUGUACCAUCGUGAACCAGCCGCGUCAAGUUACUUCUACCCGUCAUUACAUCUACCAUAUCACAGCCAUAUGACAGAGUUCCAAAGUCUACCAGGGAGGUCAAUCAAUUCACUUGCCUUGCCGCAGCCAAAAGCACCACGCUUUGCUUGUCACCACCCCCGUGCGUCCGUCAUUUGUCACACUGUUGACCCUGUUUUCAAACCGAUGUUCCCUAGAAGAGAUGCCAUUCAACCAUCCUUGUUUGACCACAGUACCAUUUUCCUCCGUGAAAAGUUUGAACGUGAGAGAGCUUCAAUAGUGAAACAAGAAAACAACGAGACACUUCAACAAUGGUUCCAAGAUACGCCAAACGCAAAUGAGGAUAGCCAAUCGGCGGCUGCCUUCAACCAGGCCCUGCUUUUUUCAUACGGUAAAGAGUCGGAGACUGAGCUCAACAUCUCGGCCAUGUACUGGAAUACCAGGCCUCCACUGUGCGACUCAUUUACAGAAAGUAUGGCGAAGGAGCCAAGAGAUGUCCAAAAGAGUGAAGAGAGAGUUCAAGAUACAGGAAAUUGGUCUUUUCCCCGUAAUGUUACGGAGGCGGAGGAUUCAAACGAGAUUCCGCUUGAAGGAGAGCGGACUAAUGGACUGGAUGCCAAAAAAGUUAACACUUGUGAUGAAAGAGCUGUGGAUUCAACAGACAUCGCUAAUUCCCCCGAUACUGCAGCUGUUAGCGAACAGCAACGCAUGAUGGCGUAUGAAAACAGCCAUGCUAAAAAGCCCAGGUCCAAGCAUAGAUGUGAUGAGUGUGGCAGAACAUUCACUCGCUCCAGUACUCUCGUAACGCACAAACGAAUUCACACUGGAGACAAGCCUUACGUCUGCAAACAGUGCGACCGCGCCUUUAGACAGCUUGGUAACCUGACUCGUCACCAGCUUACUCACACAACGUCUAAGCCAUACAUCUGUCAACAGUGCAACAAAGCAUUCAACCGCGCUUCUAACCUUCACACCCACAUGCGCACACAUUCCGACUACAAGCCAUUUAGCUGCGAAUUUUGCGGCAAGCGGUUCCACCAGAAAGUCGACAUGAAGAUCCACCGCUACACGCACACGGGAGAAAAGCCCCACAAGUGCCAGAAAUGUGGGCGAGGAUUCAAGCAGCUGACCCAUUUAACCUACCACAUGAGAACACAUUCUGACGUGCGCAUGUACAAGUGUGAGUUUUGUGGCAAGGGCUUUAAUCAGAAGGGAAACCUGAAGGCGCACGUGUACCGUCACACGGGAGAGAGACCAUUCACGUGUGAUAUCUGCGGCAAGGGUUUUACACUGGCUUCAACUUUGAACACACACAAGAGAACACAUGCGCCACACAAGCCAUUUCAGUGUCAGUACUGUGAGAAGGCUUUUUAUCAGAAGAAUGCCCUUAAAUCUCAUUACAUCGCCUCUCAUCCUUUCACAGGAGGCGUAUCUCUGUUGUGA